AACAGAAAUGACGUGGUCGUGCAACCAGUCGAUCGUAGGGCAGGCAUCAAACGUUUUUCAAAACGAUGGAUUCACAUUUGUGAACGCGAUAAACACUUUAAUGGCAGCUCAUUGUGCUAUCACCUCCGAAUCGCAAUGGCCGCCUGAUAGAAAGGAGGAAAUAUUGGCAGAUCCAAUAUUCGAUUUCAUAAUCGUGGGCGCAGGAUCAGCGGGAUGUGUAUUAGCAAAUAGAUUGAGCGAAAAUCCUGAUUGGAAAAUCCUUCUCAUUGAGGCUGGUGAUGACCCCACUCUUGAUACUGAGUUUAUUGGAGCGUUUUUCGACACUUUCCACUCACAAAAUGACUGGAUAUAUAGAACAGAGCCAGAACAUAAAGCUUGCUUAAGUUCCGCUGACAAACGAUGCUAUUGGCCUCGCGGCAAAACUUUAGGCGGAAGCAGCAGCAUUAACGCAAUGAUUUACCUGAGAGGCCAUAAAAAUGACUUCAAUAUGUGGAAAGAUCUUGGAAACGAUGGGUGGGGCUACGACGACGUAUUAUAUUAUUUUAAAAAAAGUGAACGAUUAACUGACCCAAAUAUGCCACAAGAUGAAAAAGAAAAAUAUCACGGUCUUAACGGACCCUUGAAUAUAGAAAAACACGUAGGAAGUAAUCCCUUCAGUGAUGUAUUAAUUCAAGCUUAUAACGAUUUAGGCCUUAAUACUGUUCACAGUAUUAAUGGACAUCACGAAUCUGGAGUAUUUAAAACGUUAGCAACUGUUAAAAAUGGACGAAGAAUGAGCACAGCACGCGGCUUUCUAACACCCAUUAUUAAGAGAAGCAAUUUAUUUGUAGCUAAAAAAUCUUUGGCUACUAAAAUUAUUUUUGAAAGAGCUAUUCUUGCCACUAUAGGAGUUGAGGUGGAUAUAGCGGGACAUAAACAUAAUUUUUAUUCAACAAAAGAAGUAAUACUUUCUGCGGGCACCAUAAAUACGCCACAGCUCUUGAUGCUUUCUGGGAUUGGACCUAGGAAAGAUUUAGAACAAGUUGGAAUAAAUGUAAUAAAUGACCUUCCAGUUGGUUAUAACUUGCAAGAUCACAUUGUUUCACACAACAUUAUAAAAUUAGAAUUGAACACUACUUUUGGAAUAGAUGAAUAUAGUGCAGCUGUUAUGGAAUACAUUGCGUUGAAAAGUGGACCACUAUCUAAUAUAGGUCCGACAGAAGUCACUGCUUUUGUAAAUAUAUUUGAUCAAAGAUAUCCAGUGCCUAACAUGCAAUUUCAUAAUAUAGUAUAUCCUACUAGAUUUCAUGAAGCAUUAAACUUGUUUGAACAAAAUGAAUUCAAUGAAGAAGCACUGCAAAUAAUAAAGGCUCAAAACGAAGAAUAUUCAUUGUUAGAUGUCUUUGCCGUACUUCUCAGGCCGAAAUCUAGAGGUGUCAUUAGACUGAAAAAUAAAGAUCCCAAAGAAAAGCCGUUGAUUUAUGCUAACUAUUUUGACCAUCCAGAUGAUAUAGCUACUAUGAUAGAAAGUAUGAAGUUUAUAGCUAAGUUGGCUGAAACACCUACAUUGAAGAAAUUAAAUGCUGCAUUAGUACAUUUACCUCUUGAAGACUGCAAAGGAUUUAUCUUCAAGAGUGAUCUUUAUUUUGAAUGUAUUGCUAGACAUUUGUGUACAUCUUUAUAUCACCCAGUGGGGACUGCUAAAAUGGGUCCGUAUGACGAUGCCAGUUCUGUGGUAAGUCCCGAACUAAAGGUACAUGGAGUACAUAACCUUCGAGUUAUAGAUGCAAGUGUAAUGCCGAGAAUUGUUGGCGCUAAUACCAACGCUGCUACUAUUAUGAUAGCCGAAAAGGGGGCGGAUAUGAUAAAAGAAUAUUGGGAUGCCAAAUAAAUCAAAAACACAAAAUAAAUCUCGUAUUUUUUAAUUUUCAUAACAUGUGAAAAGUUUAACCUUUCAGC